GACCCGGGAGGCAACACUCGUCCCCCACCGGCUGCUCAUCGGCCCCUCACCGGGACACCCCGUGCGCACCGCCACUCGCUGGCGGCCACGGCUGCUCCUACGCCCCGCGGUCCCUGCCUUGGCGCGGAGUGCCCACCCCCGGUAACAAAUGAUUUCGCCCGGGGGGGAGGGGGAGGCGUAUGGCAGUGGGGCCGCUCCGCGCAGCCCGAUCCCGGCGGGGGCGUGUCCGCGCCUGCGCAGCCGCGCGCUCGUGUUGUUGAUGUCCCGGCGGCCGCCGUCGGUCGUGCUCGGUUCCCGGCGCUCGGAGCGGCUGCACCGCCCGGCCCAUCCCCGCCCCGCCGCUCCCCGCCCCGACCGCGGGCACCCGCAGCGCCCGAGUCCCUGGGGCGAGCGCGCAGAGGCAGCUAAGCGGCUCCUGCCCAUGAGGGCCUGAUGGAAAACACAAAGGAGCUGGUGAGUACCGGAGCCCGCGGGCGGUGCAGCCCCGCGGCAGCCCCAGCCCCUGGUGGGGGGAGCGGCGCGGGCCGAGUGUGGGGCGGGAGCGGAGCGAUCCCCGGUGCCCGUGCGGGGGGAGGCGGCCUCGCAGCGUGAGGGGGAAGGUCGGGACAGCCGCGGCUGCUGCGGGGGCGGCCCCGCGGGGUGCGGGUGCUGUGCCCGGCCCGGGCGGGGGCUGCGGGGGCUGCGGGGGGCUCUGCCGGAGCCGCGGGGGCUGUGCCCCUUUGUCGGCUUUUGCCCUUCGCCCCUCUUUCCUCUUUCCUCGGAGAAAAGUUUCAGCUCCUCGCUCGGAUCCGUUUCUCCCCCUGCUCCGCUGUAGUGCCGGGCUUCAGCAACUUCCUCCAGCAGCUCCAGCCUUUAAAGUUCAGUUUUCCAGCGUGCUGGAGAGUUUUUUUCUUUAUUAUCAGUGCUUCAAAAAUUUUGGAUUUUUUGCGGCCACUUCCCCCCCCUCCCCGCUCCGUGCGAUUUUUAUGACUUCUGAUGUUGUGACUUUGUUCUUUUUGUGAGGAGUAGUAAACUCGUGAAACCAGUUUCACUUUCAGGUUGUUGCUGGAAAUGUUUGAAAGUGUAGCAAUUUCUGCCCGGUGUGGCUUUGAAAAUCAAAAGUCCUGCUACAAAGCAUAUGCUGAUUAUAGUAAAAAAUUCUGUGUGUGAAAAAGCAAUUUAUUUUAAAAUGUGGCUGGCAACUGUUGCGAUUUUUCAAAUCUAAACCUAGUCAAAACUGAAAGCUGCAGGGCAAUCUCUUGUAUUUUAAAUUAAAAUUAUUUUGCAGGCUUGAGGACCUGCAUUUACCUAUUUAUUGUAUUCAACACUUUAAUUUUGACUUAAAAGAAAUGGACUAUGGCUAUGAGAGUCUAACCUGGAGCCUUCAAUGAGAACUAAAAUAAUAUAUUCCCUUAAGAAGGCAAUAAAACUUGGCAGGUUAAUUGUCUUAACUCAUUUCUUCGGCCUAGGCAUCGAUUUGAGGAAGUGAGUAAUGUAGGCUGUAGGAAACUGUGCAGAGGGAUCUUGUUUCCCAGGAACACUUUAGGUGUUGUUCCUGAGAACAUGUGGGCUUGUGCACAUGCAGAAAGAUUGCAAACUGGAAGUAAGAAUUCUCUUCGUUGUUCCCUAAAGAGCAAGGUGCCUCUGGCAGCAGUGGUAACAUGCAGAGAAGUUCCCUCUCAUUGGCUUUCAUUUCUCUUACCUUCUAAAAUUUGAUUUAAUUUUGCAAGGCUUUUCAUACCUUCUGCAAAGCACUACUGCAUUCCUUCAUUUCUCAGGUAAGUUGGUACCCUCUGGGGGUGUGGGGUCCUUUGCUGAACCUGGCUCUGAGCACGUGGAAUGAAUUUAGGUGUUGGAAGACUUUUGUUUGGGGACGGUGGUGGUUUUGGGGUUCUUUGCAUUUAAAUUUAUUUUAUUUGGGGUUUUGUUUGUUAAUUUUAAUGGUAGCACGGUGUUUAAAGUGAAAUAUUUGCCUCUUCCUUUGCCUCACUCCUGUAAGGGCCUUAUAGAAAUGUAAUAGAGUUUGUAACAGAUUUUUAGUUUUAUCAAAACUCAGAUAUUUCACAGAUUAAUCAUCGCACCCCCCUCCAAAACUUCCUGCUAAUGUGAUAUAUUUUUUUAUGAAAGAGUCUCCCCUCUUGUGUGAAACCCCCUGGGGAAGAGGCUAUGGACAAAACCAUUGGCAAACAGCAGAAACUGGCUUCAGACAAAAUGCUGUCAUACAUAGCAAAUGAAGAGACAGGAAAAAACAUUUCUGUAAUUUUCCAGCAGAGAUUUUACUUAUAAUAAGAGUGGAAGGCACAUUUCCAGAUAGAGAAUUUGUACAGACCCUAUUGCCAUAGUAACUGAGCUCUUCAUAAUGGUUAAUGUAUUAAUCCUCUGAGCAGCCCUGUGAGCUGGAGAGGUGUUCCUGCUUCACACAGGAGUCACGGACUCAUGGGGGAGCUGAGUGAUUUAUGGAUAACCCCACAAGCCAAUAAGAGCAGAGAGCCUCUCAUUCCUUUUGCUGUGGUAUAAGGGCCCUCUUGAUUGAACUGUCUUUUCUCUGCCCAGCUUUCUCAAAUGAGUGAAUUUUAGUGGAAUUGGCUGCAGCCAUCUGGAAUGUGCUCAUUUGCAUAUAAGAUCAGUGUGGCUGUCAGUGUUCAGCUCAUCAGACUUAAUGAACUCUAAAGAUACCAAGGAAAAUAAAUAUAUGGAUGGCUCCUGUGUAUUCUCAGUGGAUCAUGAGAUACAUUGUUUCUUUCUGUAUAUGACAACACCAAAAAUUGGCCAAUUUUGAUUGUACCAAUGCUCACGUAAUUGGCAAUACAUGGCUCAUGUCUGUGCUGAUACAGCAGUGCCUUAGCAUAUCUGCUUUUGAAGACUGACCUGUGAAACUUCUUAAGCUUGACUUUGGAAUUUUGCAUUCAGAACAUUCUGCUAUUCUUUGGGGUUUUUUUGUUGUUUGGUUAUUUUUAAUUUUUAGACAGAACAUAGUUCGCGAGUGGAAAGGAAACGUCGAGACUCGUUCGGGAUGUUUGACGGUUAUGAUAGUUGUAGUGAGGACACCAGCAGCAGCUCCAGUUCAGAUGAAAGUGAGGAGGAGGUUGCUCCUUUGCCGUCCAGUCUCCCAAUUAUCAAGAACAAUGGGCAAGUUUAUACUUAUCCAGAUGGCAAAUCUGGCAUGGCUACGUGUGAGAUGUGUGGCAUGGUUGGUGUCCGGGAUGCUUUUUACUCUAAAACCAAGCGCUUCUGCAGUGUGUCGUGCUCCAGAAGCUAUUCCUCCAACUCCAAGAAGGCCAGCAUUCUGGCCAGGCUUCAGGUAGCGGGUAAACCUCCAACAAAGAAGGCUAAAGUUCUACAAAAACAGCCCUUAGUGGCUAAAUUAGCAGCAUAUGCCCAGUACCAAGCAACUUUACAAAACCAGGCAAAGACAAAAGCAGCAGCUGUCCCUGUGGAAGGUUUCAGCUGGGGUAACUACAUCAAUAGUAAUAGCUUUACAGCAGCUCCUGUUACCUGCUUUAAACACGCACCCAUGGGGACUUGCUGGGGUGAUAUUGCAGAAGGAGUGCGAGUGGAGGUUCCCAACACUGACUGCAGCCUACCUACCAAAGUCUUCUGGAUAGCUGGAAUUGUAAAAUUAGCAGGCUACAAUGCUCUGCUGAGAUAUGAAGGAUUUGAAAAUGAUUCAAGUCUUGACUUCUGGUGCAACAUUUGUGGGUCUGACAUCCACCCAGUUGGUUGGUGUGCAACCAGUGGGAAGCCCUUAGUUCCUCCUCGAACCAUCCAACACAAAUACACAAACUGGAAAGCUUUUCUAGUGAAACGACUUACUGGUGCCAAAACACUUCCUCCUGACUUUUCUCAGAAGGUGUCUGAGUGUAUGCAGUACCCAUUCAAAACUUCCAUGAGGGUAGAAGUGGUGGACAAGACGCACCUGUGCCGCACAAGGGUGGCGGUGGUGGACAGCGUCGUUGGGGGCCGCCUGAGAUUGGUGUACGAAGAGAGCGAGGACAAAACUGAUGACUUCUGGUGCCAUAUGUACAGCCCACUCAUUCAUCAUAUUGGCUGGUCUCGAAGUAUAGGACACAGGUUCAAAAGAUCUGAUAUUACAAAGAAACAGGAUGGACAUUUUGAUGCACCCCCACACUUAUUUAUGAAGGUAAAAGAGGUUGAUGCAGCUGGAGAGUGGUUUAAAGAAGGAAUGAAAUUGGAAGCUAUAGACCCCCUAAACCUUUCAGCAAUAUGUGUGGCAACUAUCAGAAAGGUGUUAGCAGAUGGCUAUCUUAUGAUUGGGAUUGAUGGCUCAGAAGCAGCAGAUGGCUCUGAUUGGUUUUGUUACCAUGCCACUUCCCCUUCUAUUUUCCCUGUUGGUUUCUGUGAAAUUAACAUGAUUGAACUAACUCCACCCAGAGGUACAGGUUAUGCAAAACUCCCUUUUAAAUGGUUUGACUACCUCAGGGAAACUGACUCAAUAGCUGCACCAGUAAAGCUCUUCAAUAAGGAAGUUCCAAACCAUGGGUUUCACGUUGGCAUGAAACUGGAGGCUGUAGAUCUGAUGGAGCCUCGCCUGGUGUGUGUGGCCACCGUGACGCGCAUUAUUCACCGGCUCCUGAGGAUACACUUCGAUGGCUGGGAAGAUGAGUAUGAUCAGUGGGUGGACUGUGAGUCCCCAGAUCUGUAUCCUGUGGGAUGGUGUCAGCUCACUGGAUACCAGCUCCAGCCUCCAGCACCGCAGUCAUCAAGAGAUAGCCAGUCAAGUUCAUCCAAACAGAAGAAAAAAGCUAAAUCACAACAGUACAAAGGACAUAAGAAAAUGACUUCGUUACAGCUGAAGGAGGAGUUGCUGGAUGGAGAGGAGUACAGCUUCCUGCAGGGAACGUCUGACCAGGAAAGCAACGGCUCCGCCAGCUACUACAUCAAACAGGAACCCUGAGGCAGCUCCCAGGAGUGAGGGGCACAGCGCUGGUGACAGGAAAAGAACCUUGCACCAAGACUGACUGAUUCUGUUCCCACUUGGAUGGUGCAGUUCAGGUGACUGUGCCUGGGGUGCUUUGCUAAACGUAGCUGAAUUAGACUCAGUUCAGAAUUUUUUGGAAGGGCGGGGAAACUAUUUUAGUGAAAAAGAUUUUUCAAUUUAUUAAAAACAAAAACAAAGGACACUUUUGUGUUGUAUUUGAAGCUUUUGAAAGAAUUUUGUAAUAUUUUCAAGUUCAGAUUUAUUGUGCAUUGUUAACAAGAACUGAAAUUCUAAUUUUUUUGUAAGAUUAAAGUUUAUUUAGCAUGAUUGUGGGAAGAAGUUGGAGGAAGAUAUAGUUGCAAAUACAAAUGAACUGUCAUAACAAAUGAACCUUUUUGGUACAAGUUGGGAGACUGUUAGCCUCUUGUGAACUGCACUGGUCACGCCUCUGUUUUUUUAAUUGUGAAAAUAAGGCUAUAAAGCCCUGGUUUAAAGGCAUAAAUUAUAUACGGAAGACAGUCCUGUAAAGCUCUACUCAGUGAGUAGCCCCAAGUGCAACGGAGCCAUCGCCUGAGGAAGAUUUUACCUUUUCAAGGUGUUUUUAUUUCGUUUAAAAUACCCUUUUUUAUAUAAGGUUUUUGGUUUUUUAGCAUUCUUUAGGGUCUGAUUCAGUGCCCAUUAAUAUCAGUAGCCUUGUCUCCGCCGACCGCAGUGGGCAUUGGAUUGGAUCUAUAAAGCUCUUGUCUGUAUAUGAAUGUCUGUAGUCUUGGAAUGCUUCAGCAAAUGUUUACAGAGCCCUAUGCCAAACUGGAACUUCAGAAAAUUCUGUAAUUGGAAGAUUAGUUGUAGCUCUGAAUUUUGACUGAAGAAGCAGCUUAGAUGGACAGUCACUAAGGAUUCCCUUGGUAGUGGGAAGGAACUUGUGAGUAUUCUUGUGAUUUUUUUUUUCCCAUUCAGAAAGCCCUAAAUGUUUCUUUACUAUCUUAAAUAUUUAUCUGUGAUCAUUCAGAUGAUGUGCCACGUGGUUUCAGGUGACCUGAAAGGAGCCCUGCAUUGUGGAUUAAAAAUUAGUUCAGUCCUGCAUAGCCUGCAAUAUUCAUGUCUUGCUGCAAUAGUGUAACACAGGAGUUGAGAGCAGUAUCAAAAUCACAUGGUUUUAGUCUAUAAUUCAUAAACUGGAUUUGCCUGUUGCCUGGAAUUCUUGUCUUGUGUCAAGCAUCCCAUUGGCCCCAACUGGUCAACUUCCAGGUUUUUGCAAGGGAAAAAUCGCAUAAAAGGGUGAAAAUGAUGACCAUUUAAACACAAAGUAUUUUUGCAGGAUCUCUUAAUAAUUUGGAUUUUAUCUUUCCAUAUUUUUAACUUUUGUACAUUUUUGUAAAUGGAGUUGAUGAGUGAGGUGGUUGAUCAGCCCUGCGGAGCUGUGACUGGAAGAAUGUGCAUCAAGAGCUUUAGCUUUUACCAGUAAGGUUCAUUAACUAAACUCUCAGGAAUUAUAAGUUCUGUAAGUGCUUCUGGGUCUUCACAGGUCCCCUUCAGAGCAGUACAGAUAUCAUCUGACUCUUGACCAGAAAUUAAGGCUUAAAAAAAAAUUGAUCAAAAAUUAUUAACAUCUGUAUCCUACAGCCUAGGAAAUGUUUUAAGGAUAUCGACCCACAGAGCCCUGGGAUACCAUUUUUUGUAUAUUGUUGUUUGAGCUUAAAAAAAAAUGUGCAUAGAAAGUUGAAAACCAGCAAUUUGAUUCUUUUCUAACGUAUUGCUCCAACUUUGGGUACAUAGUAUUGGUGAUAUACACAGGUUUACCUCAUUCUAUGCAAGAGGGGUUAAUUAUGUAAAGUUUUGUAUUUACUACAGGAGGUAAAACGUGCUGUAUAGUGUAGGAAUUUCUGGAAUUCUUUCUUCCCUUACUGGUAAAAUUUCUUAAAUUAUGACCUGUUUUUAACAACAGCUUCUUCUAUUGACAGAAUCUGUUAAUCUGAUCACAAGAAUCUAUAACUUCUGGUGGUAAAGACAUUUUAGCUCCCUAAAAUAGCCAUAAAAAGGACUUUGUUGGACCUGCUAGACUUCAAAUAGCUUAUCUCAGAUUCUGACCCACCCAUGAUGUUUAUUUUGAUGUUCAGCCUAGAUUGGAGAACUAGGAUUAGAGACCAUUGUAGUGACAGUUUGAGCCUUGCUUGUUUUCCUGUGUUCUCAAUUUAAUCUGCUGUAAAAUCCAGCUCUGCAAGCAUUGAUUUCAUUUGGUAAGUAUAGCACUAUUGAUUUUUUUUCUUUUUUUUUAAUGCAACAACUUGCAGGUUGUCCCAUCAGCUGGAACAAGGUUCUCACAGUCUUGCUUUCUUCUCUCAUCAACAGCUUCUGACUUCAGUAGAAAAACUGUUGCAUUAAUUAGCGUGUCAUAAUGUAGAGAGUUGGGCUAGUUAAUGAAUGAGGUGCAUUGCCCCGGCUCAUCCCUGAUUUCAGAGUCGAUCUUCAAAUGUCAAGAGGGAAAAUUAGUCCUUAACACACUUCCUGUGUUGGGAGAAAUACAAGAAUCUGUUCUAAAGUCUGUCAGUCUUUAUAAUAUUCUGUUCUUCAUCAAACACUAAAGUCUGUGAGGUGAUGUAUGUUCUCAGGUACCCGUGUGACUUCAGCAGUUGGUGAAACCCUUUUGUGUCUCUGGGUUCAUCACAUGCCUCAGUUGUGUGAUUGUCAAGUACUUUGAGUCUGUGCUAAGCAAACCACGGAAGGAGCUGCUGGAAGUCACUGGCUGAGGAGCAGCUCAGGGAAAACCUGAGCAAGGUGCUACCAGGGAUGUGAUUCCCAGAGAACCUGAGGGGUGUCCCUGUGGCAGCUCUCUGGCCUUGCAAAGCAUUCCCGUGGCUCUGGGAUGUUUCUCAUGGCUUUCAAGCUGUGGUACCUGCCUGAGGGAGCAGCAAAUGUUGGACACCUAGAACCUCCAGUGGGGUCGGACUAAUUCUGGCAUUUGGCACAGCAGGUUUUUCUGGCCAUGAGGCAGCCCGAGCCCUGUCCCUGACUUGGCUGCUGUCCUUGUUCCAGAUCUCUCUGCUGAUCUUUGAUUAUUACAUUCUUUUCAGUAGAACUCUCUAACCUGUUCCUUGCUGCAUCUGAGGAAAGCUACAGCAGUUACUGAUUCCUUGUUCUACAGAUACUAACACGGGUUUCAGUGUUUGUUUUGAGUUUUUUAUUGUUGUUUUCUGUGAUGUGAAUACCCUCCCUUGAUCUUUGUACAAUGGUGCUAAUACAUUUGGUAACAAUCCUUUAUUGGGAAGGGAUUUUAAAAAACUGUGAUUUCAGCUGAAUUUUUCUUCCUUUUGAUUUUUUUUCAUAUUUAAAAUGAAAAGCCACAGCCAUUUAUACAAAAAAGGCAUCAGCUUUGGCCCCUGGGAAAAUGUUGGGGCAGGAAUCAAGAAUAAACAAAUGGGUUUUUACACCAUUUCUGUAUGUAUUUGAUAUAUAGAUCAAUAUCUGUACAAAUUUAAUCUUUUCUUUUCUUGGUAAUUUGUGUGGUCAGUGAGGGAGUAUUUAAAGCUUUCUCAUGCAAUGUACAUAACUCAGUGAAAAAAUGCUUUUGGAAAAAUUAAUGUUACUUUCAUUUUUACAAGACUGCAGAUUUUCAGCAUGGAUGUGAAAAGCAUUAAAAUCAUAACUUUGUGUACAAGAUGAAAAUAAUUCACUAAAUUUGCCUUUUUUACACAAAAUAAAAAUGAUAAAAAGUC